GCCUGGACCUACACAAUCCUCUGUGAUGGACCAACGAUAAUAUGGAAGGAAGAGAGUGGCGGUGUUUGUUUGGAAAAGCUAGUUGGAUAGAGAAGUCAUGGCGUGCAGUUGGAGUUUGUUCUCUGUUCCUCCUCCACUUCUGGACCUUUCAAUUUCUUCUCGCUCAACCAGUCACGGCAGAUACUGGUUCACGCAUUCCAGAAAAGGAACGAGAAGAAGUGCACGAAUCGUAGUUAAUGCCACCGAAAACAACAACCAAGACGAAGAUGCGCAGGGAUUCAAUCCGUUUGGUUUUGUCACGGAUAAUCCGUCGAGCAGGAGCGCCAUUCAGCUUCCGGAAGUCCCUGCCGAGGACGGCAAUGUCGGCCAAAUGCUCUACAGAAUUGAGGACAAAGGGAGGGAGUACGGCUCAUACGUAGAUAUUGGGGAUCUAAGAUGGUUUUUGAGAGAAACUGGAUCACCUGAAACUAGACGUGGAACAAUUGUCUUCCUGCACGGAGCUCCUACACAAUCUUACAGCUAUCGGGUUGUUAUGUCUCAGAUGUCAGAUUCUGGGUUCCAUUGCUUGGCACCGGAUUGGAUAGGAUUUGGAUUCAGUGACAAGCCGCAGCCAGGAUAUGAUUUUGAUUACACAGAAAAGGAGUUUCACGAGGAAUUCAAUAAAUUACUCGAUGUGCUUGGUGUCAAAUCUCCUUUCUAUCUAGUUGUACAGGGUUUUCUUGUAGGUUCAUAUGGAUUGACUUGGGCCUUGAAAAACCAAAGCAAGAUAUCAAAGCUUGCUAUUCUGAAUAGUCCAUUGACAGUUUCAUCUCCCAUUCCUGGACUAUUUCAAAAGCUAAGAAUCCCGCUCUAUGGUGAAUUCACUAGUCAGAAUGCUAUUGAAGCUGAGCGCUUUAUUGAAGCAGGUAGCCCUUACGUUUUGAAGAAUGAGAAGGCUGAUGUGUAUCGAUUACCCUAUUUGUCUAGCAGUGGACCUGGAUUUGCUCUACUUGAGGCGGCACGAAAGAUUAAUUUCAGGGAUAUCUCAAGCCAAAUUGCAGCUGGCUUUGCAUCUGAAAGAUGGGAUAAGCCUAUACUACUUGCUUGGGGAAUGUCAGACAAGUAUCUGCCUCAGUCUGUGGCAGAAGAGUUUCAGAAAGGUAACCCUGUUAAUAUCAAGCUCAAACUGAUCGAAGGUGCUGGACACAUGCCACAGGAAGAUUGGCCUGAGAAAGUUGUUGAAGCUCUGAGAUUCUUUUUCUGAAGUCAAGUUGUGAUACAAUAUUGGGAAUGGAUAGAGUCUUCUGGGAACUAUUAGCCAAAGGUCUAGGUAUAGUUAUCAACUCUGCUACUGAACUAUCUGCUAGCAGCUUUCUUACAAACCUUGAUGUCUAGUCAGUUCCUCCGUAAGCUACUGGUUCAGCUACAAAGCAACAUCAGUUCCUCUGCCGACUUAUCUAUUUGUGGAACCUGAUGCAACAUCAAGUCCCAUGAAACUGCUCUUCGUACACGUAAGAAGUAUGACCCUGCUAUUUUAAUGUACAAUGUUUUGUGAAAUAUGUACAUAUUAUUUUGCCUGAUGCACAAAAGUUUCCAAGUC